AAAGAGGGAACGAAACAUGAGAGGCUGCGUGAGAAGCUGCAGCCGCCGGCAGAGGAGACCUCAGCAUCAUCUAGAGCCCAGCGCCGGCCCUGCCUUCGCCUGCCCCGCCGCCGCCGGUUCUGUCGCUGCUACUGUCUCACCUACACAACUCCCGUUACACGGACAAGUGACGCUCUGUGGCCGGCUUCUCCUCCUCUUCUUCCAACUCCUUCUCCUCCUCCCACUGCCCCGCCGCGGCAGAGAGCCCCUAACCCCACUGACACUGGCACAGCUGUCCGCGGUGUCAUCCGCUCCACGUUCUCUCGCUCCUCGGGCUCCCCCCAGGCACUGGACCCAUCGCCUCGCCUUUCGUUUUUUGCAAAGUUGCAUCGCCCCCGCCACCUCCCUCGGCCUCGAGAGUGUCCCGCCGCCCCGCAGCCUCCUCCCGGCGCUGCGCCCUAGUGCCCCUGCUGGGCAGUGGCGUUCCCCCCCAUUCGCCCGCGCCCAGCCCCGGCCGCUCCGGGCAGACGAUGCUGAAGAUGCUCUCAUUCAAGCUGCUGCUGCUGGCCGUGGCUCUGGGCUUCUUCGAAGGAGAUGCUAAGUUUGGGGAAAGAAGCGAAGCGAGCGGAGUGCGGAGGAGAAGGUGCCUGAACGGGAACCCCCCGAAACGCCUGAAAAGGAGAGACAGGCGCAUGAUGUCCCAGCAGGAGCUGCUGAGCGGGGGAGAGAUGCCGUGCGGUGGCUUCUACCCUCGGCUCUCCUGCUGCCUGCGGAGUGACAGCCCGGGGCUGGGGCGCCUGGAUCACAAGAUAUUUUCUGUGAACAACAACACCGAAUGUGGGAAGUUACUGGAGGAAAUCAAAUGUGCGCUUUGCUCUCCAUAUUCUCAGAACCUGUUCCACUCACCUGAGAGGGAAGCCUUGGACAGAGACCUAGUCCUCCCCCUGCUCUGCAAAGACUAUUGCAAAGAAUUCUUUUACACUUGCCGAGGCCACAUUCCAGGUUUCCUUCAAACUACAGCUGAGGAGUUUUGCUUUUACUAUGCAAGAAGAGAUGGUGGGUUGUGCUUUCCAGAUUUUCCAAGAAAACAAGUCAGAGGCCCAGCGUCCAACUCCUUGGACCAGAUGGAAGAAUAUGACAAAGUGGAGGAGAUCAGCAGAAAGCACAAGCACAACUGCUUCUGCAUUCAGGAGGUUGUGAGUGGGCUGCGGCAGCCGGUCAGCGCCCUCCACAGUGGGGACGGCUCCCACCGGCUCUUCAUCCUGGAAAAGGAAGGUUAUGUGAAGAUACUCACCCCCGAAGGAGACAUUUUCAAGGAGCCUUAUUUGGACAUUCACAAACUUGUUCAAAGUGGAAUAAAGGGAGGAGAUGAAAGAGGACUGCUAAGCCUUGCAUUCCACCCCAAUUACAAGAAGAACGGAAAGCUGUAUGUGUCUUACACCACCAACCAGGAACGCUGGGCUAUGGGGCCGCAUGACCACAUUCUUCGCGUUGUGGAAUACACAGUGUCCAGGAAAAACCCCCAUCAGGUUGAUCUGAGAACCGCCCGGGUCUUUCUCGAGGUUGCAGAGCUGCACAGGAAGCACCUGGGGGGACAGCUGCUCUUCGGCCCCCACGGCUUGUUGUACGUCAUUCUCGGCGAUGGGAUGAUCACGCUGGAUGAUAUGGAAGAAAUGGAUGGGUUCAGUGACUUCACGGGUUCUGUCCUCCGGCUGGACGUGGACACAGACAUGUGCAACGUGCCUUAUUCCAUCCCCAGGAGCAACCCACACUUCAACAGCACCAACCAGCCCCCCGAAGUGUUUGCCCACGGCCUCCACGAUCCAGGCAGAUGUGCAGUGGAUCGACAUCCCACAGACAUCAACAUCAAUUUAACAAUACUCUGUUCAGACUCCAAUGGAAAGAACAGGUCAUCAGCCAGAAUCCUACAGAUAAUAAAGGGGAAAGAUUAUGAAAGUGAGCCAUCACUUUUAGAAUUCAAGCUAUUUAGCAGUGGUCCUCUGGUUGGCGGGUUUGUUUACCGAGGCUGCCAGUCGGAAAGGCUGUACGGAAGCUACGUGUUUGGAGACCGUGAUGGGAAUUUCUUAACUCUACAGCAAAGCCCCGGGACCAAGCAAUGGCAGGAAAAACCACUCUGUCUCGGCAAUGGUGGUUCCUGUCGAGGCUACUUUUCAGGUCACAUAUUGGGAUUUGGAGAAGAUGAAUUAGGGGAAAUUUACAUUCUAUCAAGUAGCAAAAGUAUGACCCAGACUCACAAUGGAAAACUCUACAAAAUUAUAGAUCCCAAAAGACCUCUAGUGCCCGAGGAGUGCCGAGCAGUGGUCCAACCCGCCCAGAUGCUGACUUCUGAAUGCUCCCGGCUCUGUCGGAACGGCUACUGUACCCCCACGGGGGUGUGCUGCUGCAGCCCAGGAUGGGAGGGCGACUUCUGCAGAAUCGCAAAAUGUGAGCCAGCCUGUCGUCAUGGAGGUGUGUGUGUUCGACCCAACAAGUGCCUCUGUAAGAAAGGGUACCUUGGUCCUCAGUGUGAACAAGUGGACAGAAACAUCCGCAGAGUGACCAGGGCAGACAUCACCUAGAUGAAACACCUUUACCCUGUCCUGUAAAAUACUAAAGUUACAUUUUUCACCAUCUUAAUUGGAAAGAAGGGGAGUGAGAAAGCAAACAGUCUUAAAUGUGCUGUGGAUCUAAUCUAGCAAUGUAUCCUUGUGCCAACAUGUAAUCCUUAACGACGGAUGAAAAAGCAAGAAAACAGCCAAACCUUAUAAAAUGCCAGCAUUAAACGUUUGUAAAGUGCUUUUCACCGUAGCAAGACUGUCAGUGUAUGCGAUUAGAGCGUAACAGAUUGCACAUCAACCGAACCUCACUGGAGAAGAUCUCCCUCGCUUUUAAACAAAUCCUGGCUAUGUAAGCUGUCCCUUGUACAAACUUUUCAUAUAAUAAUUCUCGCCAAAUAUGACUUUUCAUGUAUAUGUUCCUCCAGAUCUCAAUGAAAUUCCUCUUUGGUUAAUGUACGAAUAAAUUUCUGUAAAUGUUCUAUUCAGGUUUUCAAAGAAAUGCUGUUCUCACUCACAACUGUAACAAGUCUGAUAGACAUUUUUCUUAAUGGUUUUCAAGGCCAGCUCUCCAUGUCUGGAUUAUAACAAAAUUAUAAGGCCUCUUUGCACUACUGAAAAAAACACCUACCCGUGACACGCGCACGCCCACGGCAGGCUGCCCUCCAGCAAACAGCUGUUCCUGCAGAAUCUAAAUUGGAGAGUGGUAUAGAUUAUGCAGCGCAGGCUGACUUCCCAAACCUGCUCCUUCCUUUCAGGAAUAGGAACCUCAGUGAAAAAGAAUAAAAUCUUGUAACUAGUAUUUCUCUACUGAUUUAAAGCAGGAAGGGUUGCAGUGAAAGCACAGUGAGCAUUUAUACAGAAGCCACAAUGUGGAAAGAUUGGUUAAGCACACUGCUCUUGUCUUCCAUAUAUGAUUACUUAAGUUUCAAGUGACCUCAUGCCAAAUGGAAAUGGGUUGAGAAAUCUUGGUUCAGUGCUUAGUGAACAAUAGCUGCAUUAAAAAGUGCAUGCAUAAUUUUGCACAAUUUAGAUUCAAUUGACAGUCUAUUCAAAGAAGUCUCAGAAUUAAAUGAGCAUGGAGACCAAAUUGCCCUCUUACCCCAGAAAAGGGGUGGUCCCUUCUAGUCACACUAACACUUCAUUGGCCCAACAGUGUGACAAAUCUUGCAAUGAACCCUGCAGUAGCCCGCAUCUGUAGGUUAAUAGCAGUCUUUUGUCUCCAUUGCUUUCUCUUCAUAGCCCUUUUACUGAAUUCCAUCACAGAAAGUUUUACAAUUUAAAAAAAAAUGUCCUGACAACCAUUUUUGUAAAUGGACCUUACCAUCUAAUCAUCCCUUAUUCAAUGUGGUGACAUUAACAAAAUGUGAACUUUUUGUGAGGGAGCCAGCUGUCUGAAUCUGUCAAAUUGUGCAGUUUUAUUACACAUUCUCCUGGUCAUAGUUUCACUGAAAACAAUAAGGAUACUGCUAUAGAGUCAGUAAAACCUGGAAAAUCCAGUGUUUCUUCUUACAUCCUGAAUCUUUCCAUCUCUUCCAAAAUAAUAUUUCCCAUAGACAAGGUGUUAUAUUGUCAUUAGUUCUCCUAUUUAAAAAAUAUCUAUAUAAAUUGAGCAGACUCCAGUUUUUUAUACAGUCCUUUCCUAAGUGGAAGAUGGCUUAGAAAAACAUAUGUACCCCAGGUGUCAUUGCUUUUUCUAUUUUGAGUCAUUAGAAUAAAAGAACACAGUCUCCUAAAAAGAUGAUAACAAGAACUGUGGAUAUCAUACCCAAGCAAAGAAAGGAAACUCAUUGGAGUCAUUUCUUUCUGUUCUUAGGAGAGACAUAAGUAGCAAUGAUUAAUGGGUGCCUACAGAUUUUACUUUAUUUGUAAAGUAUUUUUUGUUGAUUUUUGAGAGGAAGGGAGGAG